AUGUUCUGCCUUUGUGGAUCAAAAUAGGAAAACAAAGAAUAAGAACAUGCUUAAAGCACAAAUAGAACUACUCUUCAAUCCAAAAUGAGAUUAAAUAAUUCUGCCAGUCCAAAUAGUAUUAGCAUUGCUCAAGACUGCAAUAGAGUCAGUCAAGAAUACACAGAUUUCUUGUGUGAGUACGAGAAAAGUUAAUAAGAAAAGUCUUACUUCUUUGACGAAUAUGAAUGUUCCCCUUACUAGAAACUGGAAGAAUCAAAAACCGAUUAUGAAGAAUCUAUGCUGAUGCACUAAGGAGAUGGAUUAUUAGUGAAAUCAAUCAAAGUCAAUCAAUAAUCCAUUGCAAAAUUGAAAGAUACAUUUACAGCAUUUAUAAUGAGAAUUCUCUAUGAUAUUAAGUCGUUCUUUGAUAUCACUCCUCUUUAGGAAGUCAAAUUUGUAAAAUCGCUUGUGCCCAACAUCCUGACCGAGUUGACCUAUCGAAGAGUCAAAAAUGAUAAGCUAUUGAUUGCUCAUGAUCCUACAGGAAGCUUCUUGCUUAAACACCUUUCCUCCAGUCAAUAGAUCUAUUUCAUAGAAGAAACUCAAGUGUUUAGACCAAUCUUAGAAAAAGGAAUUGAAGUUUUGAAUUGCUAGAAUAAGUUACAUUUCAUAGCUAAAUCUAAUAUUACGGCCAAAUUAGACACUGCCAUUGUGAAUUUGUUGUUUCUUCAUGAUAUUCCUAUAUAUAGUGUAAUUUGGGAGUACUUGGAUUUGGCACAUGAUCUAAUACUAAUCCUCUCUCCAAAGUUAGAGUAUCAUGAAAUGAUAUCACAAUUGAGGUAAGGAAUAAAGAAUAGUGCACAGUCGCAUAUCUACUGCAGUGUAGAAAUUCAGUCUGUUUAUGAAUACAAUAAGCUCAUAGCCUUUAUUGUUUAUUAUGGCGAUAUAUCAGAGAUUAAACAAAAUUAACAAUUGCAUUUUCUGUAUAAAUGCAUAUCCAAGACAGUUCAGAAAACAUUUAAAUACAAGGAGUUUCUGAAAAAUUUGAGGAGUCAGAUUGGAGUGAUGAAACUGGUCGAUUUGUUUUCUCUCUACGGACUAUUAUUCGAUAGUUCGGAUGAGAAUUUCAAACGAUUCUACAAGCAAGUUAAGAAAGAAUACUUUCCGACAAUAAAAUCUCAAAAGUUCAUAUAAGUUGAUAGCAUCAAAUCAUCCACUGAAUCUGAGAGCGAAGGGAUUCAAGAGAUAUCAUCUGUAAACUCCCUUGAAACUGAAUUCAAAUCUUAUAGUAAAAGUGUAUCCAUACAUAAGUCCAAUUAUGUUUACGUUCACUUCCAUUCAUAAAACAGUUAGAAAUCAACACAACAGGAAGAACAAAUUUAAAUCAGUCAAUGAUGUUUAUUUAUUAUUAUUUAUAACUAAAAGUACUUUAGGAGAUAAA